AUGGAGGGCCUGCUUAUGCUACUGGCAGUGAGCCAGAUGGGAAUCUGUUGUGCAGCUAAUAUAUACAGCUGGGGGCAUAGCUGUUUUGGCUCAUCCGUGGGCAUUGAAAAUCCUAUUCUUGUGAUAAAGGAUUUGAAAGUUGAUGGUCUGCAUGCUAUUGAGGUCUAUCGAAGCGAUGGAAAACUAUCUAGUUUGAGUGAUCUGGUUGAUACUUAUGAGCUUCUGAAGCUCGGUGGAUCAGAUUACCAUGGACGAGAUGACAAGGAAGAACCUGAUAUAGGAAGCGUUGAUCUUCCAGUCUUGGCAUUUUUUAGAUUUCUUGAGGUAGCUCAACCAAUUUGCUGCAAUGCUAUCAAGGAAAUUUUUGCAAACACCACUGAAAGAUCAUAA